GAGACAUAGAAAAUUGCAAGUUGUGUUUUUGGACAUUAAAUCUGCUCAUGAGUCAUGGCUUCUUCAGUCCAUGAGCUUUCUGGUAAAAUAGAAACUCAUGACAAACAAGAACAGAAAGAUUCACAAUUCAAAAUCCAACCACCAAUUCCUCCAGCAAGAAACUCUGCAGUCUACUCGGAAUUACCUCACUCCAUGGCACCUCCUGGACACUACCCAUAUCCAGAUCCUUACUAUAGAAGCAUCUUUGCACCACCUAAUUGUGACCCACAAGCGUAUCCGCCACGACCUUAUGAGACCGGGGUUCAUGCACAUUUAAUGGGAGUCCAGCAGCAACAAUGUGUGCCUUUACCAUCUGAUGCAGUGGAGGAACCUGUUUUCGUCAACGCAAAGCAAUACCACGGGAUACUGAGACGAAGGCAAUCCAGAGCAAAGCUUGAAUCUCAGAAUAAAGUUGUCAAGUCACGUAAGCCUUAUCUGCAUGAGUCUCGGCAUUUACAUGCGAUAAGACGACCUAGAGGGUGUGGCGGUCGGUUUCUCAAUGCCACCAAGAAGGAAGAGGAGCAUCACGAAGGCAGUCAUGUUGAAGAAAAGUCCAUGGCUGCUUCUGGUGGUACGUCGUGAAAGAAGAACAAACACGUAGCGCAGCGGUGUCCUUUGUUGGCUCUGUUUGGUCUCAGCCUUUCGGUGUCUUUAGUGUUAUGAUAUACAAAUCUUUGUAGAAAUGAAUAGAAGGAUCUUGCGACGAAUUAGACAAAGUCGGGCUUUGACUUGUGAUUAAAAAUAAAGCCCACGAGGAAAGGAAAAUAAAAAGAAACAAUGUCAUCAUGAAGCUUUUGGUUAAGAAACAGUGCUCUACUGAUAUUGUUUUAUUGUAAGAUAUCUUUGUAAUAAAACGAAGAAUGAAACAAGAAUCCACAAUAACGAGCGACAAAAAUGGUCUGGUACUAUGGCAA